CCCUGGCUCGCGGACGGUGGCCGGCAGGCUGCGCCAGCCGGCGCCCCAGAAGAUGCAGCUGCCCCCCGCGCUGCGCACCCGCCUGGCGGGGGGGCCCGGGGCAGCGGAGCCGCUGCCCGUGGAGCGGGACCCCGCGGCCGGGGCUGCACCCUUCCGCUUCGCCGCGCGCCUGGUACGCUUCCCGCGGGAGCACGAGUUCUUCGAGGACGGGGACGUGCAGAGACAUCUCUACCUCCAGGACGUGCUCUCGCAGGUGGCUGAGGCGCCUGAGAGGCCCAGGGUGCCUGAGUUUACCUGUCAGGUGGCCGGCUGCUGCCAGGCGUUCGACGCUCUGGAGGACUACGAGCACCACUACCACACACUGCACAGAAACGUCUGCUCCUUUUGCAGACGGGCCUUCCCCUCGGGACUCCUGCUUGAUGCCCACAUCCUGGAGUGGCACGACUCACUCUUCCAGCUCCUGUCUGAGCGGCAGGACAUGUACCAGUGCUUGGUGGAAGGCUGCACAGAGAAGUUCAAGACCAGCAAAGCCCGGAAGGACCACCUGGUGAGGCUUCACCUGUACCCCGCGGAUUUCCGGUUUGACAAGCCACAGAAAGGCAGAGGCCCGGCCACACCAGGGGCCAGCUGGCACACAGCCGCCGAAGCCCUCGGGGACCACAGGGAGCAGUCAGAAGGGGAGGCCAUGGAAGUCUGCUCUGAACCCGCAGCCCCCUCCCCAGCACCUGCGGGUGGGAGGUGGACCUACAGCCACAGGCUCCUGCUGGUCACCGGCCUGGUGGCUGUGCUGCUGCAGGAAGCAGGUGCGGCCCCAGCACCCCAGGUCCCUGUCAAGAUUCAAGUCAGACUCAGGGCCCCGGAGCAGGACACAGAGAAGGCCUGGGGCGCCCGAGUGGUGGAGCCUCCAGGGAAGGACGAGUGGCCGGUGGGGCUGCUGCCCGCAGCAAAGCCAGAGCUCUCGGCCGUGGAGGAGAAACUGCCAGGUCAGGGUGGGGCCUGUCCCUCAGAUGGCACCAAGGCCUGGGCGGAGCCCGAGGACAUCCUGGGCCUCGUCCGGAGCCCCCUGCAGGGUCCUGAGCCCGACCAUGACGGCCUGUACCACCCCCCGACCGAGGAGGACCAGGGAGGGGAAAGGCCCUGGCUGUGGGUGCCGCCGUCUCACCAGGUGCUCCAGGGGCCAGAGGAGGACCAAGACCACAUCCGCCACCCUGCGGAGGGGUCAGGGGGGCCCUGAAUGCCCUCCCAGCCC